UAGUCUUAAUUAGUGCUGGCAGAUCCUAUUGAAUAUACACGGUGCCUUCAGCAGUGUUGUCUCUUUCAACAUCCAUUUUCCUUGUGGCUUGUCGAAUCCACCUCUAUUAUAUUCUAUCAUGUCAAUCCACCUCUAUUAUUUCUUCCUUGUCAUCAUCUCUGUUAUCUCUCUUGUGGCUCUCAACCUUUUCUUCUUCCGGUCAAGAAAAUCCAAAAACCUUCCUCCAGCUCCACCUUAUCUUCCCAUAGUCGGAAACCUCCACCAACUCAAACAACCAUUACACCGAUGCUUGAAUGAGCUGUCACAAAAGUAUGGCAAAGUCUUUUCCCUCUGGUUCGGCUCCCGCCUUGUGGUUGUCGUUUCAUCACAAACGGCAGCGCAAGAAUGCUUCUCCAAAAACGACAUCGUCCUCGCAAACCGCCCUUACUUUCUCGUUGGAAAGUACAUCGCCUACAACUACACAACCCUGGUGUCUUCUCCCUACGGCGACCACUGGCGCAACCUCCGUCGCAUCGUGGCCACGGAGGUUCUCUCGACGCAUCGAAUCGACUCGUUCUUGGAGAUCCGAAGAGACGAGAUCAUGAGGCUUGUGCAAAAGCUGGCUCUGAAAGCUUCCACCAACGACGAUGACUUUGCCAGAGUGGAGCUAAGUUCCAUGUUCUCGGAAAUGGCGUACAACACUAUCAUGAGGAUGGUUUCUGGAAAAAGAUACUACGGUGAUGAUUGUGACGUCACUGAUGUUGAAGAAGCAAAGCUAUUCAGGGAGAUUAUCAAGGAGUUGAUGGUUUUGGCAGCAGCAGAUAACCCCGGAGAUUUCAUAGCUCUGCUUCGUUGGUUUCGUCUUGAUGAUUUAGAGAAAAGGUUAAAGAGGAUUAGUAAGAGAAUUGAUUCUUUCUUACAAGGUCUCAUUGAUGAGCAUCGCAGUGGCAUGAGGAACACUAACACCAUGAUUGAUCAUCUUUUAACUCUGCAACACUCCCACCCUCAAUAUUAUACGGAUCAAAUUAUCAAAGGACUUAUUCUGGUUAUGGUAUCCGCUGGAACAGAUACAUCAGCUGUUACUUUAGAAUGGGCAAUGUCUAAUUUAUUAAACCAUCCAGAAAUAAUAGAAAAGGCAAGAAAAGAAAUAGAGACACAAAUUGGAGAAGAUCGCAUUGUUGACGAAUCUGACAUUACAAACACAAGACUCCCUUACCUUCAAAACAUUGUCAAUGAGACAUUUCGAUUGCAUCCUGCAGCACCAUUAUUGCUACCACAUUACUCUUCUGAAGAUAGCACCCUAGAAGGAUAUAAGGUACCACAAAACACAAUAGUAUUAGUGAAUGCUUGGGCUAUUCAUAGAGAUCCCAAAGUGUGGAGUGACGACUCUACACAAUUUAAGCCUGAGAGGUUUGAAAAAGAAGGUGAAGCAAAUAAUCUACUUACAUUUGGAAUGGGAAGAAGAGCUUGUCCAGGAAUAAAUUUGGCACAACGUACUGUCACAUUGACUUUAGGCUUAUUGAUUCAAUGUUUUCAGUGGAAACGAAUAACAUCUCAAAAAAUUGAUAUGACCGAAGAUAAAGGACUUACCAUGCCAAAGAAAAUUCCCUUAGAAACUAUGUGUAGGUUGCGUGAGCAAUUUGCAACUAGGAUUUUUUAUUCGAAAACAUUAACGCGAGAUCCUAGUUAAAGUUAUUAUAUGAAGUUCUACACUUCUACUACAUCUAUAAUGUAAAAUGAAGGGACAAAUAUGUAUGUCUUUUAAUUUGUACUCGAUGUUUGCAUUUAGUUUUAAUGUAUUUUUUAUCUUUUA